GCCUGCCUCCUUGCUUGCUUGCUUGGGGCCUCCCUCCAUGUCUACUCCAGUUCAGGCUUCACUGGGGCCUACACGGAGGCCACCCUGCCUGCCUGCCUGCCUCCUUCCUUGCUUGGGGCCUCCCUGCCAGCCUACUCCAGUUCAGGCUUCACUGGGGCCUACACGGAGGCCUCCCUGCAAGCCCCGCCACCCGCCGGUCAGCUGAGAGGCGCCCGGGAGGAAAGCAGCUCCAUCUUGGCAGCUGGUCUGGUGCCUCGAUUGCCGGCCGGGAGGACAAGCAGGAGAGAGGCGGGCAAGCAGGGCAAGUGGCCGAGGGGACCUGGGGCUGGGCAGGGGGCAAUGGGGAGUCAUGCGAGGAGUCUCUGGGGCCCCCAGGCCCCCUCCUCCCCUUGCCUAAUAGUAGUUACGCCCCGGGCGAUAUAUCAAUUAGAUUAAAUUAAACUAAGUCCAUGAAUGUUGCAGGGAGGGGGCGGGUUCUGUUACCUGGGAGACCCCAGUUACCACAAACCAGACAGACAAGGAUGGUUGAAGGAAGCAAUAGUCACCAUUUAUGGAACCAAAACCAGCGCUGGUGGCUUUUUCCGGUGCCUCGCGGCCUACCAGGAAAAACGCGCCAAAUACCCAGUGCCUUGGGGUUUUAUACCUUGGCAUUGUUACACAGCUGGGCGUCCCCCAUUCAGCCCGAGGGACCAAUUGAUUCAUGACAUUUACACAUGUGUUUGCCUUGAGGCGGGACUUUGCCCUAAGUUUCGGUUCUUCAGCAGACAGACAAGCAGCUUAAGAGAAGACACAUCCACAUUCCAAGAAACAGAACAGUUACAGUUGGGAAUAAGCCGAUCAUUCGACGCCUAUGCUAAUGAAGUUUGCAACACCCGGACCCUCUUCCCCCACCCUGUCUGUCCUUGGCAGAUAAGAGACUCCACAGUUUCAGCAGGAGAGAACAAGGAGGAAUUUUCCAUCUCACAUCUCCCCCCUCAAGAGCCCAUUUCAGGGCUCUUCCUUUACAGGCAGACUGGAGUACAUUGCCAUUAUGUGUGGGGCAGCUUCUUUCCUGACUAUAGCAGAGACAGCAGAUUCUAUUAUUCUAGUUAAACAAGGGAUCACACAGGGUAACAUAAGCAAGAUAAUCACAAUGACAAUGAAGACAAUAAACCAUGAUUUUAACCAGGCAAGGUCGGGCAGCCAACUUGUGAGCCACUGCCACAUCCCCCAUUCGGAGGCGGGCUGACCGAUGCUAUGAAAGACUUGGAUGGACUCUUUCAACUUUGCCGCCUCUUGAUCAAUUUUGCCUUGGUAGUUUACAUAGUAACAGCAUUUUUCCCCAAUUAAGGCACAAGCACCCCCUUGCUGAGCAGCAAGGAUAUCAAGCGCCUUUCUGUUUUGUACUACCGCCUUUGAUAGGGAAUCAACCUCCUGUUGAACUUCCACUAACAUUUUCAGUGGGUUAUUAAAGGACUUUUCCAUUUCCUUUGAGAUGUUUUUAACUGCUUGUUCUAGUUCAAUUACACCAAGACCUGGUAGUAUGGCUCGCCAGGCCUGAUGAAACCCGGUGUUUCGAACCACAAGGGGGUUUUCUGCGCCACGCCUCGCGCGGUACAGGAAACUGCCCGUAUUUAAAACUUCAGAGGCAUUUAGGCUUUUGCGAAGCUCUACCUUGGGUGCUAGGUAGGCAGGGGCACAUCGACCAUUCCAGCCUUGUGGUAGUGCUUUGUACGCAUUUCUCCCACAGAGCCAGGACAUUCCAGGCUCUCGCAAGGACAGGGUCAGAACGUCCCCUGUCUCCCACUCUCCUGGCCCCACCUUCCGUUCCCCUAUAUUCAGGGCUGUGGCACACUCCCCGUCUAGGCUGAAAGGUCCGGAUUUGCUGGACCGGCCCCCAAACCAGGAGAGAGUCACGUUAGGGUCUUUGUGGUGCGCACAUGUUAUACUUAACCAGAUGUGCCAGAAAGGGGAUUCCCAUGUGUUAAGUUUACUGUCACACGUGUCAUGCUUAGUCUGUGUUUUGUUGACUAGAAUGCCCAACCGAUCAUGUACAUACAGAGUGUGAUUCCAUAAAAAUUUUGACUCCUCCCGCCAGGGGCCACUAGUAAAAUUGAACAGAGUGACGGAGGUGAGUGUCAUCUCCCCCCCCCCAUACAAUCCAAAAUACCUUCCCACAGCGGGAUCAUCCCCAUCACAUUCCUCCUGGUCAGGUCCAUGAUCGUCCAGCAACGGUGUGAACUCGCCAAGAGAUUUAUCAAAUGACCAGUGACUUCCAGCCACAGGAGAUUAACGAACAGCGCUCCGUGACCGAAACCAGCAAAUGGUCACUGAAGUCAAUCUCGGACGGCUCCAGGAUCCAGCAUGUCAAGAGUGGGAACGGGAUCCUGGAUGAAGCGGUUGCCAGCAGUUCCCAGAGGAGUGUCUUCACGGUUGAGGACGAUGGGUGGUUCCUGCAGACCAUUGCCACCACAUGGUCUUGUGAGGGUGCCGACAUCGAAGAGGCCGAGAUCCCAGAGGUCAACCCAAGGGAUCAGGAGCUGGACGUGGAGAGUUUCAUCAGUUCCCAGAGCGUCCAGAGGCCAAGCACCGUGCAGAGGAGGCUGCACAACACUGCUGCUGACGAAGAACCAUCCCUUGGAGAGAGUUCUUCCUUCCCGGGGGCCGAGACUCCGCAAGCCAGCGUGGAGGACGAGGGGUCGGAAGGGGACGGUGACACCAGUUCCCCCAGAGUCCCAAAGCCAAAGAAGUGGCUAAUCAAGAGGCUGCUGAACACUGAAGUGGUGGAAGACUCGUCCUCGGCAGAGUGCUCCUCUACGGACGAGGAUGACACCAUGUAUGAGGUGAGCAGCAUCGAGGACGAGGUGUGGGACUCUCCACCGGCCCCCGGUUCAGCCAGGAACAUCGGCGGCGGUGAAGAAGGAAGAGGACAGCUGGCCCCAGACUGGUUCUCCUCGGUCCAUCUGGGAGAGGGGAGAGCAACAAAGAAGAUCGGGGACGUCAUCCGGUGCAUGGAGUAUGCCAGUGAGGUGGAGGAGAGGUUCCCCGAACUCCUGGUGGGCCUGGUGAACAAGAUCCUCACCGGCCUGCAGAACACCACCGAGGGAGUGGGGAACCGGGAGAGCCAAGACCUGCCUCCUGCGGAGACCUCGCAGAUUGUCCGGACCCUGCUGGAGAGGGUGGCACAGGUGACCCCAGAGAAGACCUGCUGGGAAUCCCUGUGCUCUCCGCAGAGCUGCCUCCGGGGUGUGGCCCUCUUGGUGAGGGCUCUCCUACAGACACCAUCCUCCACAGUGGCCAGGCUGAAGGCAUACCUGGCUUCCCUCUUCAGCCUGGACAAAGAUCCAGAACAGCAUUCCCUCGCAGAGGUGGCCUUCUUUGUGGAGCUGCUCCUGAAAGACAAAGACUUCGCCGCCUUGGAGAAGACUUGGACGCUCCUGGUAGCGUGGCUAGUCCACCCCAGCCAGAACAUCCGCUACCUGAGCGAAAGGGGACUUCUCCAAAUGUAUGGAAAGCUGAAGGCGGCAAAGAAACCCCAGGAUUUUAGUGCCGGGAUCCUGGGAGGGCUCAGGACCUCCAGUCUGGAAGCCACUUUGGGGGUCCUGGCCUUCAUGGAGCGGCUGAGGCACUGCCCAUCGGAACAUCAGGCCACCGUGAAUGCUGCCCUGGCUGCCCUGUGCCGCCCUCUCUUCCACCACGAGGAGGCUAAGAUCCGAAGGGCAGCCAUGAAGACCCAUCUGGAUCUCCUGCAGCACCGCCACCACCAUCAUGAGGGUACAGAAGAGAACAUCACGACCCUCAUCGCGGUGCUGAUGCACGUGGAGGAUGAGGACCUGGAGGUAGCACAGGCUGCAAAGGACAAUCUGAGCCUCCUGGCAGAAGCCCUCCUAUGGCACCUGGAGGGCAGGCUGCUGGCGCGGGACUCUUACAGCCUGCAGGAGCUGCUGCACAAGAUCGCCAAGCGUCUGAUUCGGCAGCUCGGCACAGAGGACGCCGUGGAGAUGGAGGCCACCAAGAUCCUGGGCUUCUUCCGCAGCGAGCAGCCUUCAGUGAGGAGAACAGCUGCCCUGCUGAUCGGUCACCUGGUCCACAAAAAGGGCAGCAUCCUCACUGAAGGGAACAUAGAGACCUUCCAUGCUGCGCUGGAGAGCUUGCUUGGCGACCAUGACCCCGAGGUCGGGAGAGUUGCCUGCAAGACGGAGAAGAUCGUGAAGAAGGCCUUUUCCCUCCACUCCCGGCAUGGGUUGCGGGCUGCCGUUCGGCGCUUGUGGGCAGGCUGUAAGAAGAAGAGACACCCGCCAGAGUACGGUGAUCUCUCCACCUGACCGACUGGAACAACAGCCCCGUGCUCUCCCCUGGAAGAUCAGCAGCUGAAGGGAGACUGAAGAAAGACCAUGCAGCGCAGUGGAUCCGGACCAGCCAGAAGACCUCCUCCAACCCCGUGGAUAGAAAGAGCUGUCCACAAGACGGCAGCAGGGAAGUGCAGUUCUGUCUGAGGAGUGAGGGGGAAGCAGGCUCCACUCCCCUGGCCCAAGGAAGCCCCGCCUCUGGGGUGCAGAAGCCCCUCCCCUUGCCUCUGCUGCAGGCUGUGGGAGGAGGCUACAGGACCACCCUGCCCCCAAGUGGCCCUUGGGAACCAUUCUUGGGCUCUCCUUGGGUCCGGGGAGGCUGUGUGGCCCCAGCAGGAGGGCAAGGUCACCGCCUCCCUCCAUUUCCACCAGCUGGCCGGGGAGCGCCCCCUCCUCCUUCCACCUUUCUCCCCUUCCCCAGCGGCCUGGCUUCCCCUGGCAGGGGAAGCACCAUCCAGGCAUCCGCCCCCUCCCCUGCCGAGGGUGUGCUCCUCCCCCCUCCCCUCCCGCAGCCACGCCUCCCUCCCCCCUCCGCUCCCUCCUCCCCCCUCCCAAACCGGGGCAGCAGCAGAGGAGCCCGGGAGACUCUGGGGGCCCCCUGCAGCCCCAGUAGCGCCCCCUGGUGCUGCCCGGUGGCAGGCCAGAGAACCCUCCUCUCCCUCCCGCUCCCUGCUGUGUAGCACGUGAUGAGGCGUCCAGCGGCAGGCCUCCCCUCCCCUCCCCUCCCUGUUAUACCAAAGGGGCUCCUCCUUCUCCACCCCAGAGGGGAGGGGGCAAGGGAGUCAUCAGCCACCAGGUCUGCCGAGGAGGCCGAGGGAGGGUGCUUGGGCCAGGCUGGACGAUGCCUCGACCUCCCGCUUCCUCACUCACCCCUGCUCCCUUCCAUCUGCUCUGGGCAAGCGAGGAGCCCCUCUUGCUCCAGCAGGCAGGGGGGAGUGAGCAGAAGAUCCUCUUUGGAGCGGGGCGGGAGGUGUGGCCAUGACACCGUCCCUUGCUGCACAGUGGGGAGCUGAGGUCAAGCAGAAUUCUCUGGCUUGCCCCCCCAUCAACCCCCACCCCACUGCCCGAUCCCCGCUUGCUGGGCUGCCGGAGCGGAAAGGGAGGAGGAGCAGGGCAACCCCACUGAUGCUGCUUUGUGCUUCUUGCAGGCAUGUGCUGCUGCUGGGCGGCUGGAGGAGUCAGUCGAUCCGCCCCAGAAGAGGAGACCAAGUGAACGUGCCUGCAAGGAGCGGGGUGGGGGUGGGGUGGGGGACUGGCUGGGACUCCCCCCAAUUUUGUUUGCCCUCCCAUUGCCUUGGUGACCCUGGGCUUCCUUCCUUCCCUCCCUCCCCCUCCCUCCCAGGGGCAGAAUGGGCUUUGCUGGUCGCCCUGUUGGGGGCCGAGUAGGAAUUUUUGGCUUUCCAACAGAUUGGCCGAGAUGGGAAGUUUUUUUGCCUACUCCAUUCUGCCCUGUUUUGUUUCCUUUAGUUAGAAAGUUAAGUGACGACUUGUGGCCUAAUUGAGUAUCUUAAUAAAGUUGCCACUUUUGUUAGCA